UAAUGACUGAUUCAGAUGGAGUCGAUGGUUCUAUGACAGCUUCAGAAGUAACCACUGAUUCAGAUGGAGUAGAUGGUUCAGGGACUGGUUCAGAAGUAACGACGGAUUCAGAUGGACUGGAUGGCUCAGUGACUGGCUCUGAAGUAACCAUUGAUUCAGAUGGAGUGGGUGGUUCAGUGACUGGUUCAGAAGUAACCAUUGAUUCAGAUGGAGUGGAUGGUUCAGUGACUGGCUCUGAAGUAACCAUUGAUUCAGAUGCCGUAGAUGGUUCAUUGACAGCUUCAGAAGUAACCACUGAUUCAGAUGGAGUGGAUGGUUCAGUGACAGCUUCGGAAGUAAUCAAUGGUUCAGAUGGAGUAUAUGGUUCAGGGACUGGUUCAGAAGUAACGACGGAUUCAGUAGAACUUGAUGGCUCAGUGACUGGCUCUGAAGUAACCACUGAUUCAGAUGGAGUGGAUGGUUCAGUGACUGGUUCAGUUUCAACUGGUGUUUCAGAUGCGGUUGUUGGUUCAGUGACAGGUUCGGAAGUAAUGACUGAUUCAGAUGGAGUCGAUGGUUCUGUGACAGCUUCAGAAGUAACCACUGAUUCAGAUGGAGUAGAUGGUUCAGGGACUGGUUCAGAAGUAACGACGGAUUCAGUAGGACUGGAUGGCUCAGUGACUGGCUCUGAAGUAACCAUUGAUUCAGGUGGAGUGGGUGAUUCAGUGACUGGUUCAGACGUAAAAAUUGAUUCAGAUGCAGUUGUUGGUUCAGUGACUGGUUCGGAAGUAAUGACUGAUUCAGACGUAACCAUUGAUUCAGAUGCGGUUGUUGGUUCAGUGACUGGUUCGGAAGUAAUGACUGAUUCAGAUGGAGUCGAUGGUUCUGUGACAGCUUCAGAAGUAACCACUGAUUCAGAUGGAGUGGAUGGUUCAGUGACAGCUUCGGAAGUAAUCAAUGAUUCAGCUGGAGUAGAUGGUUCAGAGACUGGUUCAGAAGUAACGACAGAUUCAGUAGAACUGGAUGGCUCAGUGACUGGCUCUGAAGUAACCACUGAUUCAGAUGGAGUGGAUGGUUCAGUGACUGGUUCAGUUUCAACUGGUGUUUCAGAUGUGGUUGUUGGUUCAGUGACUGGUUCGGAAGUAAUGACUGAUUCAGAUGGAGUCGAUGGUUCUGUGACAGCUUCAGAAGUAACCACUGAUUCAGAUGGAGUAGAUGGUUCAGGGACUGGCUCUGAAGUAACGACGGAUUCAGUAGGACUGGAUGGCUCAGUGACUGGCUCUGAAGUAACCACUGAUUCAGAUGGAAUGGAUGGUUCAGUUACUGGUUCAGUUUCAACUGGUGUUUCAGAUGCGGUUGUUGGUUCAGAUGCGGUUGUUGGUUCAGUGACUGGUUCGGAAGUAAUGACUGAUUCAGAUGGAGUCGAUGGUUCUGUGACAGCUUCAGAAGUAACCACUGAUUCAGAUGGAGUAGAUGGUUCAGUGACUGGUUCGGAAGUAAUGAGUGAUUCAGAUGAAGUUGAUGGUUCUGUGACAGCUUCAGAAGUAACCACUGAUUCAGAUGGAGUCGAUGGUUCAGGGACUGGUUCAGAAGUAACGACGGAUUCAGUAGGACUGGAUGGCUCAGUGACUGGCUCUGAAGUAACCAUUGAUUCAGAUGGAGUGGAUGGUUCAGUGACUGGUUCAGAAGUAAACACUGAUUCAGAUGGAAUGGAUGGUUCAGUGACAGCUUCAGGAGUAACCACUGAUUCAGAUGGAGUGGAUGGUUCUGUGACAGCUUCAGAAGUAACCACUGAUUCAGAUGGAGUGGAUGGUUCAGUGACUGGUUCAGUUUCAACUGGUGUUUCAGAUGUGGUUGUUGGUUCAGUGACUGUUUCGGAAGUAAUGACUGAUUCAGAUGGACUAGAUGGUUCAGGGACUGGUUCAGAAGUAACGACGGAUUCAGUAGGACUGGAUGGCUCAGUGACUGGCUCUGAAGUAACCAUUGAUUCAGAUGGAGUGGGUGGCUCAGUGACUGGUUCAGAAGUAACCAUUGAUUCAGAUGGAGUGGAUGGUUCAGUGACUGGCUCUGAAGUAACCAUUGAUUCAGAUGCCGUAGAUGGUUCAUUGACAGCUUCAGAAGUAACCACUGAUUCAGAUGGAGUGGAUGGUUCAGUGACAGCUUCGGAAGUAAUCAAUGAUUCAGAUGGAGUAGAUGGUUCAGGGACUGGUUCAGAAGUAACGACGGAUUCAGUAGAACUUGAUGGCUCAGUGACUGGCUCUGAAGUAACCACUGAUUCAGAUGGAGUGGAUGGUUCAGUGACUGGUUCAGUUUCUACUGGUGUUUCAGAUGCGGUUGUUGGUUCAGUGACUGGUUCGGAAGUAAUGACUGAUUCAGAUGGAGUCGAUGGUUCUGUGACAGCUUCAGAAGUAACCACUGAUUCAGAUGGAGUAGAUGGUUCAGGGACUGGUUCAGAAAUAACAACGGAUUCAGUAGGACUGGAUGGCUCAGUGACUGGCUCUGAAGUAACCAUUGAUUCAGGUGGAGUGGGUGAUUCAGUGACUGGUUCAGACGUAACCAUUGAUUCAGAUGCGGUUGUUGGUUCAGUGACUGGUUCGGAAGUAAUGACUGAUUCAGACGUAACCAUUGAUUCAGAUGCGGUUGUUGGUUCAGUGACUGGUUCGGAAGUAAUGACUGAUUCAUAUGAAGGCGAUGGUUCUGUGACAGGUUCAGAAGUAACCACUGAUUCAGAUGGACUGGAUGGUUCAGUGAGAGCUUCGGAAGUAACGACGGAUUCAGUAGGACUGGAUGGCUCAGUGACUGGCUCUGAAGUAACCAUUGAUUCAGAUGGAGUGGAUGGCUCAGUGACUGGUUCAGAAGUAAACACUGAUUCAGAUGGAAUGGAUGGUUCAGUGACAGCUUCAGGAGUAACCACUGAUUCAGAUGGAGUGGAUGGUUCUGUGACAGCUUCAGAAGUAACCACUGAUUCAGAUGGAGUGGAUGGUUCAGUGACUGGUUCAGUUUCAACUGGUGUUUCAGAUGUGGUUGUUGGUUCAGUGACUGGUUCGGAAGUAAUGACUGAUUCAGAUGGAGUCGAUGGUUCUAUGACAGCUUCAGAAGUAACCACUGAUUCAGAUGGAGUAGAUGGUUCAGGGACUGGUUCAGAAGUAACGACGGAUUCAGUAGGACUGGAUGGCUCAGUGACUGGCUCUGAAGUAACCAUUGAUUCAGAUGGAGUGGGUGGUUCAGUGACUGGUUCAGAAGUAACCAUUGAUUCAGAUGGAGUGGAUGGUUCAGUGACUGGCUCUGAAGUAACCAUUGAUUCAGAUGCCGUAGAUGGUUCAUUGACAGCUUCAGAAGUAACCACUGAUUCAGAUGGAGUGGAUGGUUCAGUGACAGCUUCGGAAGUAAUCAAUGAUUCAGAUGGAGUAUAUGGUUCAGGGACUGGUUCAGAAGUAACGACGGAUUCAGUAGAACUUGAUGGCUCAGUGACUGGCUCUGAAGUAACCACUGAUUCAGAUGGAGUGGAUGGUUCAGUGACUGGUUCAGUUUCAACUGGUGUUUCAGAUGCGGUUGUUGGUUCAGUGACAGUUUCGGAAGUAAUGACUGAUUCAGAUGGAGUCGAUGGUUCUGUGACAGCUUCAGAAGUAACCACUGAUUCAGAUGGAGUAGAUGGUUCAGGGACUGGUUCAGAAGUAACGACGGAUUCAGUAGGACUGGAUGGCUCAGUGACUGGCUCUGAAGUAACCAUUGAUUCAGGUGGAGUGGGUGAUUCAGUGACUGGUUCAGACGUAAAAAUUGAUUCAGAUGCGGUUGUUGGUUCAGUGACUGGUUCGGAAGUAAUGACUGAUUCAGAAGUAACCAUUGAUUCAGAUGCGGUUGUUGGUUCAGUGACUGGUUCGGAAGUAAUGACUGAUUCAGAUGGAGUGGAUGGUUCAGUGACAGCUUCGGAAGUAAUCAAUGAUUCAGCUGGAGUAGAUGGUUCAGAGACUGGUUCAGAAGUAACGACAGAUUCAGUAGAACUGGAUGUCUCAGUGACUGGCUCUGAAGUAACCACUGAUUCAGAUGGAGUGGAUGGUUCAGUGACAGCUUCGGAAGUAAUCAAUGAUUCAGAUGGAGUGGAUGGUUCAGUGACAGCUUCGGAAGUAAUCAAUGAUUCAGCUGGAGUAGAUGGUUCAGAAGUAACGACAGAUUCAGUAGAACUGGAUGGCUCAGUGACUGGCUCUGAAGUAACCACUGAUUCAGAUGGAGUGGAUGGUUCAGUGACUGGUUCAGUUUCAACUGGUGUUUCAGAUGUGGUUGUUGGUUCAGUGACUGGUUCGGAAGUAAUGACUGAUUCAGAUGGAGUCGAUGGUUCUGUGACAGCUUCAGAAGUAACCACUGAUUCAGAUGGAGUAGAUGGUUCAGGGACUGGCUCUGAAGUAACGACGGAUUCAGUAGGACUGGAUGGCUCAGUGACUGGCUCUGAAGUAACCACUGAUUCAGAUGGAAUGGAUGGUUCAGUUACUGGUUCAGUUUCAACUGGUGUUUCAGAUGCGGUUGUUGGUUCAGAUGCGGUUGUUGGUUCAGUGACUGGUUCGGAAGUAAUGACUGAUUCAGAUGGAGUCGAUGGUUCUGUGACAGCUUCAGAAGUAACCACUGAUUCAGAUGGAGUAGAUGGUUCAGGGACUGGUUCAGAAGUAACCAUUGAUUCAGAUGGAGUGGGUGGUUCAGUGAUUCGUUCAGAAGUAAUCAUUGAUUCAGAUGGAGUGGAUGGUUCAGUGACUGGUUUAGAAGUAAACACUGAUUCAGAUGGAAUGGAUGGUUCAGUGACAGCUUCAGGAGUAACCACUGAUUCAGAUGGAGUGGAUGGUUCAGUGACUGGUUCAGUUUCAACUGGUGUUUCAGAUGUGGUUGUUGGUUCAGUGACUGGUUCGGAAGUAAUGACUGAUUCAGAUGGAGUCGAUGGUUCUGUGACAUCUUCAGAAGUAACCACUGAUUCAGAUGGAGUGGAUGGUUCAGUGAAAGCUCCGGAAGUAAUCAAUGAUUCAGAUGGAGUGGAUGGUUCAGGGACUGGCCCAGAAGUAACGACGGAUUCAGUAGAACUGGAUGGCUCAGUGACUGGCUCUGAAGUAACCACUGAUUCAGAUGGAGUGGAUGGUUCAGUGACUGGUUCAGAAGUAACCAUUGAUUCAGAUGGAGUGGAUGGUUCAGUGACUGGUUCAGAAGUAAACACUGAUUCAGAUGGACUGGAUGGUUCAGUGACAGCUUCAGGAGUAACCACUGAUUUAGAUGUAGUGGAUGGUUCUGUGACAGCUUCAGAAGUAACCACUGAUUCAGAUGGAGUGGAUGGUUCAGUGACUGGUUCAGUUUCAACUGGUGUUUCAGAUGCGGUUGUUGGUUCAGUGACUGGUUCGGAAGUAAUGACUGAUUCAGAUGGAGUCGAUGGUUCUGUGACAGCUUCAGAAGUAACCACUGAUUCAGAUGGAGUAGAUGGUUCAGGGACUGGUUCAGAAGUAACGACUGAUUCAGUAGGACUGGAUGGCUCAGUGACUGGCUCUGAAGUAACCAUUGAUUCAGAUGGAGUGGGUGAUUCAGUGACUGGUUCAGAAGUAACCACUGAUUCAGAUGCGGUUGUUGGUUCAGUGACUGGUUCGGAAGUAAUGACUGAUUCAGAUGGAGUCGAUGGUUCUGUGACAGCUUCAGAAGUAACCACUGAUUCAGAUGGAGUGGAUGGUUCAGUGACAGCUUCGGAAGUAAUCAAUGAUUCAGAUGGAGUAGAUGGUUCAGGGACUGGUUCAGAAGUAACGACGGAUUCAGAUGCCGUGGAUGGCUCAGUGACUGGCUCUGAAGUAACCACUGUUUCAGAUGGAGUGGAUGGUUCAGUGACUGGUUCAGUUUCAAAUGGUGUUUCAGAUGCGGUUGUUGGUUCAGUGAGUGGUUCGGAAGUAAUGACUGAUUCAGAUGGAGUCGAUGGUUCUGUGACAGCUUCAGAAGUAACCACUGAUUCAGAUGGAGUAGAUGGUUCAGGGACUGGUUCAGAAGUAACGACGGAUUCAGUAGGACUGGAUGGCUCCGUGACUGGCUCUGAAGUAACCACUGAUUCAGAUGGAAUGGAUGGUUCAGUGACAGCUUCGGAAGUAAUCAAUGAUUCAGAUGGAGUAGAUGGUUCAGGGACUGGUUCAGAAGUAACGACGGAUUCAGUAGAAGUGGAUGGCUCAGUGACUGGCUCUGAAGUAACCAUUGAUUCAGAUGGAGUGGAUGGUUCAGUGACUGGCUCUGAAGUAACCAUUGAUUCAGAUGGAGUGGAUGGUUCAUUGAGAGCUUCAGAAGUAACCACUGAUUCAGAUGGAGUGGAUGGUUCAGUUACAGCUUCGGAAGUAAUGAAUGAUUCAUAUGGAGUUGGGGGUUCAGUGACUGAUUCAGAACUAACCAUUGAUUCAGAUGGAGUGGAUGGUUCAGUGACUGGUUCAGAAGUAAACAUUGAUUCAGAUGGAGUGGAUGGUUCAGUGACAGCUUCAGAAGUAACCAUUGAUUCAGAUGGAGUGGAUGGUUCUGUGACAGCUUCAGAAGUAACCACUGAUUCAGAUGGAGUGGAUGGUUCAGUGACUGUUUCAGUUUCAACUGGUGUUUCAGAUGCGGUUGUUGGUUCAGUGAACUGUUCGGAAGUAAUGACUGAUUCAGAUGGAGUCGAUGGUUCUGUGACAACUUCAGAAGUAACCACUGAUUCAGAUGGAGUAGAUGGUUCAGUGACUGGUUCCGAAGUAACGACAGAUUCACUAGGACUGGAUGGCUCAGUGACUGGUUCAGAAGUAACCAUUGAUUCAGAUGGAGUGGAUGGUUCAGUGACUGGCUCUGAAGUAACCAUUGAUUCAGAUACCGUAGAUGGUUCAGUGACAGCUUCAGAAGUAACCACUGAUUCAGAUGGAGUGGAUGGUUCAGUGACAGCUUCGGAAGUAAUCAAUGAUUCAGAUGGAGUUGGGGGUUCAGUGACUGAUUCAGAAGUAUCCAUUAAUUCAGAUGGACUGGAUGGUUCAGUGACAGCUCCAGGAGUAACCACUGAUUCAGAUGGACUAGAUGGUUCUGUGACAGCUUCAGAAGUAACCACUGAUUCAGAUGGAGUGGAUGGUUCAGUGACUGGUUCAGUUUCAACUGGUGUUUCAGAUGCGGUUGUUGGUUCAGUGACAGGUUCGGAAGUAAUGACUGAUUCAGAUGGAGUCGAUGGUUCUGUGACAGCUUCAGAAGUAACCACUGAUUCAGAUGGAGUAGAUGGUUCAGGGACUGGUUCAGAAGUAACGACGGAUUCAGUAGGACUGGAUGGCUCAGUGACUGGCUCUGAAGUAACCAUUGAUUCAGAUGGAGUGGAUGGUUCAGUGACUGGCUCUGAAGUAACCAUAGAUUCAGAUGCCGUAGAUUGUUCAUUGACAGCUUCAGAAGUAACCACUGAUUCAGAUGGAGUGGAUGGUUCAGUGACAGCUUCGGAAGUAAUCAAUGAUUCAGAUGGAGUAGAUGGUUCAGGGACUGGUUCAGAAGUAACGACGGAUUCAAUAGAACUGGAUGGCUCAGUGACUGGCUCUGAAGUAACCACUGAUUCAGAUGGAGUGGAUGGUUCAGUGACUGGUUCAGUUUCAACUGGUGUUUCAGAUGCGGUUGUUGGUUCAGUGACUGGUUCGGACGUAUUGACUGAUUCAGAUGGAGUCGAUGGUUCUGUGACAGCUUCAGAAGUAACCACUGAUUCAGAUGGAGUAGAUGGUUCAGGGACUUGUUCAGAAGUAACGACGGAUUCAGUAGAACUGGAUGGCUCAGUGACUGGCUCUGAAGUAACCAUUGAUUCAGAUGGAGUGGAUGGUUCAGUGACUGGUUCAGUUUCAACUGGUGUUUCAGAUGCGGUUGUUGGUUCAGUGACAGCUUCGGAAGUAAUGACUGAUUCAGAUGCAGUCGAUGGUUCUAUGACAGCUUCAGAAGUAACCACUGAUUCAGAUGGAGUAGAUGGUUCAGGGACUCGUUCAGAAGUAACGACGGAUUCAGUAGGACUGGAUGGCUCAGUGACUGGUUCAGAAGUAACCAUUGAUUCAGAUGGAGUGGAUGGUUCAGUGACUGGUUCUGAAGUAACCAUUGAUUCAGAUGCCGUAGAUGGUUCAUUGACAGCUUCAGAAGUAACCACUGAUUCAGAUGGAGUGGAUGGUUCAGUGACAGCUUCGGAAGUAAUCAAUGAUUCAGAUGGAGUUGGGGGUUCAGUGACUGAUUCAGAAGUAAAUACUGAUUCAGAUGGACUGGGUGGCUCAGUGACUGGUUCAGAAGUAACCACUGAUUCAGAUGGACUGGAUGAUUCAGUGACAGCUUCAGGAGUAACCACUGAUUCAGAUGGAGUGGAUGUUUCUGUGACAGCUUCGGAAGUAAUCAAUGAUUCAGAUGGAGUAGAUGGUUCAGGGACUGGUUCAGAAGUAACCAUCGAUUCAGAUGGAGUGGGUGGUUCAGUGACUGGUUCAGAAGUAACCAUUGAUUCAGAUGGAGUGGAUGGUUCAGUGACUGGUUCAGUUUCAACUGGUGUUUCAGAUGCGAUGCGGUUGUUGGUUCAGUGA